AGAUUACCGAAUGAAUACUUGUUUGUCAGUUGCGGUUUUCCGGGGGUCGUCAUUAAAAAGGCUGGAAGCCGGCGAGCAGCUGAUCAGUUCCAAAAUCAGCUGUUGAGCCCGGCCGGUCACACAAGUGGUCCCGAAACGAAAUCCGCGCAGCAGACUUUGACAAAUUAUUGUUGGACAUUCGAACGUUUCUCGUAAUCAAAAUGGAAGUCUUAAAGAUCCUAUUCGCCGUCUGUCUGUCCGUGUUGCUGUUAGGCCAGCUCGUGACGGCCAACCCAGUAUUUCUGCAAGACGAAUACGUCACGGGAACGGAGGUCCAACUAGCCGAUGAAAUAUCACGUGCCCUAGUUAAAUUGAUGGCCGACAUCAACCGCCACACGUCAAAAAGGUCGCGACCACGGCGUUACGUCACGUUCACGAUCGGUUCCGACUACUACAAGCGGAGACCACGCCGUCGGCACCACCGCAGAGUGCACCCGAGUCAUCCCAGUCAGUCGCGAGGCAACCAGCUCGUCAGCCAAUAGAGGAGGAGGAGACUUAUUAUUACAUCAUUGGAUGACGUCACAGAAUAACGAAUCGCGAUUGGCUGCACAUUCUUUCUUUUUUUUUCUUUCUUUCUUUUUUUUGUUGUUGUUUUGCUGAAGAUUCAAACCGUCACUUAAGAAGAUUGACAUUUUUUUGUUGUAUGUUUUAUUUUUAGACAAUAGUGACUGAAGAAUGGCAGCCGAUGAAGUGUAAAAACAAUUCGUGUUUUUGUUUUACAUUGCAAAUGAUCUCAGUGUUUAAUGUGCGACAGACAGGGAGGCCUGGUCAUGUCGAUUAUAGUGAAUCUCGAUUACCGUUUUACCCUUUUUCUUAUGUAAAGCUGGGUAAUUCUUACAGGAUAUUCAUAGGAUAUCCAGGGUUCGACAAAUACACUAGCCCUCGGUGUCCUGGCGAGUGAAUGUUUGGUUUGACAGGCACGGCGGAAGCCAAUAGACAUUGGAGGUGGGGGGGGGGGGGGGGGGCUGACUGAGAUCGAGGGCGCAAAACAAAGUUUCUAGGGGGGACUCGAGGGUAUGCUCCUUCGUAAAAUUUUGAAAACUAGAUGUCCUGAAAUGCAAUUUCCUGCAUUCUAUAAGUAAUAAGUAAAAUUCAUCUCUGGUUUAAGAUUUACUACCAUUAACACUGACGUAGAAAGUGCGGGGGGGGGGG